GCUGUCUGGAGCAAGCCGAUGACGCUGGAACUUCUUAGUGAAGGUGUAAUGGGCCUUGGAGUUGUGAUCGAGGUGCACGAAGAUCAUGUACUUUUGGAAACUGCGGAUUCAUGCCGUGUCAGGUUACCAGCUACCCAGGUUUCAAAAAAAUUCACGGAUUUAUUGAAGACGGAAGAUAUUUCAUUAGAGUCUGCUUUUGUUAUUGGACAAUUGGUCCCAUUUUGUGUAACACAAAAGAGUGAGGAAACAGCUGCAAAGAAAAAGAGCCAAGAUGCUAAAAAGAAAUCUUUCUCUUUGCCAAUCGCUAGCUGCGAUCCUGCAAAGCUCAACGCUCAUUUGUCUCCUAGUAGACUUGUUCCUGGCCUUGUUCUACAUGCCAUCGUCGAAAGUUUAGAAGAGAAAGGUGCUUUGCUUGAUAUUGGACUGCAAUCCGUACAAGCUUUUCUCCCUAAUAAAAAUCAGCAAGGUCCAGUUCGAAAGGGUCAACCUAUCAUCGUUCGUAUCGAUGCUGGAAAGACUUCGAGAGUUAUCAUGGUUACUUCGUUUAUAGAACAGGAUAAUCUCAGCUUAGAAGCAUGUGAGAGCUUGCAGCUGAAUCAUCUCAUGCCUGGUACAAUUGUGGACUGCGAGCCAGAUCCUGAGCCCACGGUCACAGCUGGGAUUUAUGUUAAUCUAGGAAAUGAUGUUCGAGGAUUUGUUGCCAGAAGUCAUCUACCACCUCGCUUGCGCAGAGAUAUCACUAAAGUUGGGCGUUCGCUUCGAUGUGUAGUGAUGUUUUGUCAACAGAAUACGCCUUUGUUGGUGUUAUCUGCACAUCCAGAUAUUGUCGCAGUGAGCAAACCACAGAAGCGCGCUUCGUUUUCGAGUACUUUUCGGUCGCUCGAGAAACCACAUUUUGUAGUUUUAGCAGUGGGAGUUAUCUUUGGUUACUCCUAUCGUACCAAAGUACAAUCGACCAUGUAA